GACUGGCGCGUUCACAGCCUGGUUGUAAUUGCUCCGGAGAAUCGGUGAGGACGGGUAUCGUCCACGGCGUUAAGAACAGCCAAGAUGGGUUCGGACAUGGUGUGUUCGAGGAGUCGGAUCAUUCUUUUUACCCUAUUUUGGAUUAUUGUGGUGAUUGCCGUUGGGUUAUCAGUGCAUUUCGGCAUUCCUUGUCCAACUAGUGGGAACGCUGCGGGAGAUUCCAGCGGCAACCAAGGUGGCGGGACAACGGACGCGGAGCCUUGGAAGGAGUUGCGGCUUCCGCGACACAUUCUACCAAAACAUUACGACUUGACCCUCCAUCCUGACUUCUACGAUAAAUACUCAACAACUUUUUCCGGGAGUGUAACUAUAGAUUUAGAAAUUACCAAAGAUGCCCCGGUUAUACUUAUACAUAUCAAGGAUUUGACUAUUACAAAAACCGAGGUGAAAGACAAAGCCGGGAAUAGCUUAGCUAUAGCCGAAACAAGUUCUUACAUUCCAAACCAGUUCUGGGUCAUCAAGAUGAAGGAGCCGAUUAAAAAAGGGGAAGAACCAUCUCUGACCCUGGAUUUUAAUGGUUCUUUAGUUAAUGGUAUUGUUGGCUUCUAUAAGAGUACAUACGUCAACAGCAAGACAAACGAAACCAGAUAUCUGGCCACGUCCAAAUUCGAACCCGUCGAUGCCCGAAAAGCCUUUCCUUGUUUUGAUGAGCCUAAUAUCAAAGCACCGUACACGACCACCCUCGUCCAUAGGAGCGAUUACAUCGCACUCUCAAACAUGCCAAUUCAGACGAGCACCACCCGUUCCGAUGGCCUCGUAGUGAGCAAAUUCGAGCGCUCUGUCCCGAUGAGCACAUACCUGGCUUGCUUCAUCGUCUGUGACUUUGAAUACAAGAACGUCACAACAAAGCGUGGAACCGAGUUCCGUGUCUACGCCACACCAGACAAAAUUGACCAGGUUGACUACGCCCUCACGACAGGCAGUAAAGUGUUCGAUCUCUAUGAAAUUGUUUUCAAUUCUUCCUACCCACUGCCGAAACAAGAUAUGAUCGCCAUCCCAGAUUUCGUGUCGGGCGCGAUGGAACAUUGGGGCCUGAUCACCUACAGGGAGACCAACAUCCUCUACGACGAGGCGCAAGCAAGUCAAGGAAACAAACAGCGUGUGGCAUCCGUCAUUGCCCACGAAUUGGCUCAUCAGUGGUUCGGCAACAUCGUGACAAUGGAUUGGUGGGACGACCUUUGGCUGAAUGAAGGAUUCGCCAGUUAUAUGGAAUACAAGGGUGUCAUGGAAGUCGAACCAGGCUGGGACAUGGGCGAGCAGUUCCUGACAACUGAUAUGCAACCAGUAAUGAUCAAAGACUCCAGCUUGACUUCCCAUCCCAUCGUAGUGCCGGUGGAUAGCCCUGACCAGAUUACGGAAGUCUUUGACAGCAUUUCAUAUAGUAAGGGAGCAUCAGUUAUACGAAUGUUGGACUACAUCAUGUCUGAAGAAGACUUUUACUAUGGUAUUCAGACAUAUCUGAAGCGAUUUGAAUAUGGAAAUGCGAAGACGGACGACCUUUGGGCAGAACUCCAAAAGGCCCCUGGCAACUCUGGCCGCCCCGCCGUGAAGACCAUCAUGGAUACAUGGACCCGUCAGAUGGGAUUUCCCGUGGUGACCAUUUCCUUCCCCUCAUCGACAAAGGUCAGGGCGACACAGAAGCGAUUUCUGCUGGACCCAUCCGCGAAUACGACUGGGGAUACAUCGCCAUUUGGAUACAAAUGGUAUGUUCCUCUGACUUACGAGACGUCUAAAGGCGUAACUGGCCAAAAAUGGAUUGAAGGAGAUGAAUACAUUGAAUUUGAUGCCCCGAUCGACCCCGCUUCAUCCACUGAAUGGAUCAAGUUUAAUGUCAACCAAACAGCUUUCUAUCGUGUCAACUACCCGGCUAAGCAGUGGAAAAUACUUUCAGAUGUUUUAGAGACAUCCCAUCAGAGCAUUAGCGUGGCCGACCGGUCAGGACUGGUCGAUGAUGCAUUCAACCUCGCCUCAGCUGAGGAGAUCCCGAUGAGUACCCUUCUCAACAUGGUCAAAUACCUGAAGAGCGAGGAGCAUUACCUUCCAUGGUCAACGGCAAAAGAUGGACUGUCUUACAUCCGCAACAUGCUCGAGUUCACUAAUACCUACGGUAAAUGGCGGACAUUCGUUGUGAAUAUGGUGCAACCCGCCAUGACAAGACUCGGAUGGAAUAAUACGGGAACUCAUCUUGAAAAGUUGAGUCGAACUGAUAUCAUCUCGCUGUCGUGCGCGCAUGACGAACCAUCUUGCCUAGCAAAUGCUGAAUCCAAGUUGCAGGGGUGGAUGGAACGAGGAGAAAUAAUCCAUCCAAAUCUCCGCUCGUUGGUAUAUAAAUACGGUAUGAGGAAAUCCGGUGGCCGUAAAGAAUGGGACUUCAUGUGGAAUCAAUUCACCACGACAACCUCACCCCAAGAGAGGAUUAAACUCCUGUAUGGCAUGGCCUCAACCAGUGAGACAUGGUUGUUGAAAAGGUUUCUGGAUUAUGCAUCUGAUCCAGCUAAGAUCAGAGACCAAGAUUUCUUCUCCGUCAUAUCAUACAUGACCAACAAUCCGGUAGGAAUGGAAAUAGUCUGGGAUUAUGUCCGACAGAAUUAUGAGGCUCUCACUAAAAGAUUUGGAUUAGGUAACCGUUACUUCGGCCGCAUGGUUCCGCGUAUCAUUGAACACUUCACGACCGAAUUUCAACUGAAACAGGCAGAAGACUUCUUCGCAAAGUACCCGGAUGCAGGAGCUGGUGAACGCGCACGCGCACAAGCUUUGGAACAAAUAAACAGUAACAUUUAUUGGAUAAAGACUCACGAAUCUACAAUUAGAGACUGGUUGAAUACUCAGUAGUUAUUUUUGUAUAUACUUGUUUGUUUGCUCUAGUUUCAGGUCUGGCCAAUGGCUUCGACCCAUGUCCUCACUGAUCAGUGUGAACGACUGCAAGAAUAUAUGAGUUGGUAUAGUAUAUGCAUUUACAACAAGAAUCGUAAUUGAUUGGCACUUGGCCACACCCAACAUUUACUUAAAUAGUCAUUUUAUAAAGGAUUAUAAGUUGGUAUGUAUUUACAACAAGAAUUGAAAUGGAAUGACACUGGGCCACACCAAACAUUUACUUAAAUAGUCAUUUUAUAUAGGAUUAUAAGUUGGUAUGUAUUUACAGCAAGAAUUGAAAUGGAAUGGCACUGGGCCAUACCAAACAUUCACUUAAAUAGUCAUUUUAUAUAGGAUAAUAAGUUGGUAUGUAUUUACAACUAGAAUUGUAAUGGAAUGGCACUUGGCCACACCAAACAUUUACUUAAAUAGUCAUUUUAUAAAGGAUUAUAAGUUGGUAUGUAUUUACAACAAGAAUUGUAAUGGAAUGGCACUGGGCGAUACCAAACAUUUACUUAAAUAGUCAUUUUAUAAAGGAUUAUAAGUUGGUACAGUAUAUGUUUACAACAGGAAUUGUAAUGGAACGGCACUUGGCCACACUAAACAUUUACUUAAAUAGUCAUUUUAUAAAGGAUUGUAUAAUAGUAAAGUAUUAAGGUUAAAAAGAGGUCCAGUUUGUGCUGCAAUCUGAAUCCAGGCAGCACAACAAUAAUUCUGAAAGAAUAUUAACCCAUCCUCCCACACAUCGAUCUUAGACCGGUGGAUGAUGUAGCACAAAAUUCAAAUAAACGCCAAAACUUACCAUGACGUCAUGACAUCUGAAAACUAACCAAUUGCCUAUCCAAAUUAUAACUGUUGCCCGGCAUCGAAGGACCGUGUGCAUAAUACCUACCCAGAAUUGAAUAUUCCGACUAGAUCUUAGAUCCGUGAAACUAGAUUAAAUACCAGAAUUGUGGUACAAAUUUUGAUCAAAUUUAGAAACAAUCAGAUACAUCAUAAAUGUUGCCAGAUAAUUUCUUAAUGUUUAAUUAUUUGAUGAUAAAAUAAAGGAAUGAAUUGUAUAUCUUGAAUGUCUUAUUUCAUGUUUUACUUGUAUAAUCUAAUCAAAUACCUCAAUUAAUGUAAAUCAAUCAUCAGCAGUCACGUGUAUUAAAUUGCUGUUGCUAUUUCAUGGUCUUUGAACCACCAAGGGUUAAAAAUUCAUGAAUUGAUAUGUUCAUUUCCAUGACAUCAGCAUCAUGUACAUUUUAACCCUUUACGCGUCAAGGUCUUGCUUGAUAUGAACUUGAUUUUAUAACCAAUUUGUAUUAGAAGGUUUAA